GGUACCGACAGGCAAGCUAUCACAAAAUGGAGAGAACAUUUCUUCUGUGGCUGUUAGUGACUACCUGUUAUUUAGGCUUCGCAUCAAGCGAAGAGUCAACUUGCAGUGAGCAAUGCGAUGCUAAACUUGUUCAAAUGACGAACGACCUGGAUUUUUUUGCGUAACCAGUAUGAAGAAGCUGUGCAAAGACUGAAGGAUGUGGAGGCUAACUUUGCAACAAUGAUGGCAGGAAAACAAGGAGCAAAAGGCCAGGACUGUGCCGAGUUAUAUCAGAACGGAAUAAAACUGAGUGGAGUUUAUACCAUAACACCCAACGUAACAGCCGGGCGUGCAUUUGAAGUCUACUGUGACAUGGAAACAGACGGGGGCGGGUGGACGGUGUUCCAAAAACGUGUUGAUGGUACAGUAGAUUUUUACCGUGGAUGGGAAGCUUAUAAACACGGAUUUGGAAAUCUGAACAGUGAAUUCUGGCUUGGGAAUGACCUCAUAUACCUAAUGACCAAUGACCGACGUUAUGAACUACGUGUGGACAUGGAAGAUGUGACAGGAACCAAAACCUAUGCCCUGUAUAACUUCUUUGCUAUUGAAUCGGAAAAGACUAACUACAAACUGAAACUGGGCGCAUACACGGGCAAUGCAGGUGACUCUCUUUCUCGCCAUAAUGGGUAUCCAUUCAGCACAAAAGAUAAAGAAAACGACAGCUAUAGCGGUGGCCAUUGUGCACAACUUUACAAAGGUGCCUGGUGGUAUGAAAACUGUCAUUCGUCCAAUCUAAAUGGUUUGUACCACCUUGGUCCACAUACAUCAUACGCUGAUGGUAUAAACUGGUACUCAUUUAAAGGUUACUACCAUUCUUUAAAGAGAACCGCAAUGAAGAUUCGACCUAUCGGGUUUAAUGCCGGAUCUGUUGUCAUUGGAUAGAUGCAAAAUAACAACAAAGCUCUUUCAAUUAACCCCUUAUCUGGUUAGCGCACCGGCAAUUGAGAUACAAUUUAGUUUUUCAACAAGUUAACGAUUUUAACAUUGUAUGCAUACAA